CCAGAACCAAAUUUCAAAGAUUAUAUUAAUAUGGGGCCAGACCAUGAAGGCAUGAUUCUGGAACGUUCUUGCAUUGUUUGCGGUGAUGAUGUUCUCCAGCGUGGUUUGAAGGUGUUCCUGAGGAAUAUUGAAGAACCCGUGGGUGAUCUCCAUAUUUUUUUUACUGAUACAGCACUCAAUUACGAAUGGGGGUACGAAAAUGUCUUUAUAUAG